UCUCAAUUUCCAGGAUCUGGCAGGGUGACAUUCGCAACGCGUUGCGCUCGCGAGCUGCUGUCGACUAACCAACUGGCAGCUCCAAAAAUCUAACAAGCAGAAACCGUUUGAAAUGGUACUUACAUGAUUGAAUUUGUCACACUUAAACGUGCACAUUGAGGGAAAAUCAGAAUCUUCAGAUGUGUUUUUCUUAAUGCUUAUCUCGUCUGUGUGCGCGUCUUGGGCGAAAGCGCACUAGUCCAGAGUGGAUAACUUUUGGAAGUCACUAUGGCGUAUCCUCAGGGCUUUCUGUUCCAGCCGUCGGUUUCGCUGGCUCUACAUUCCUGCCCCACGUUUAGUCCGAGUAUGUUGUUAGGACCAAGGACAGAGGAACUUGGACGGUUGUCUUCAGGAUCAGCUUUCGCGCCGUAUGCCGGAUCUGCGUUCAAUAGUUCGUCGCCUGGUUUCAACUCUCACCUUCAGUACAGCGGGGAGCCUAGAACUGCAGCUUCAUUGAAUUCGUUUGUGGGUUCUGCAUAUGAUCCGUCGUCAGGAAUCACCGGUUCUUUAGAAUAUCACCCUUUUGGUGGGGCCCUAGGGCCUUAUGCAUAUGGAGACCCAGCAUACCGUAAAAAUGCAACAAGAGAUGCGACGGCAACUCUCAAAGCAUGGCUAAACGAACACCGCAAGAACCCGUACCCGACCAAGGGCGAGAAGAUCAUGCUGGCCAUCAUCACCAAAAUGACUCUGACCCAAGUAUCCACCUGGUUCGCAAACGCCAGGAGGCGGUUAAAGAAAGAGAAUAAAAUGACAUGGACCCCCAGGAACAGAAGUGAAGAUGAGGAGGAGGAUGACAACAUUGACCUGGAGAGAAAUGAUGAGGAUGAAGAACCGCUAAAACACCCUGAGGAAACUGGGUCUAAAGAAACAGUUGGACACCACCCAAGUCCGGGGGGAAUCGCUUCUGAGAAAUACCAGGAGGACAGUAACAUGGACCACGUUGCGCCAACAGAUUCGGAUAUAAAAGACCAUGGUGAUAGGAGGCUGUCUGAAAGACUGGGGCCUGUGUCAGAGUCCCCCCAGACUGUGCAACUUGGAGUGGAGAGGAUAUCAGAGUCACUCAGCCCUGCCAGUCCAUCACCGAGGCGCACCUUUGAUCCUAUUCCGAGCAAUGCAGCCUCGGUCAUUCACGCACCCCCUUCUGCCCCCAAACCCAAACUGUGGUCGCUCGCUGAAAUUGCAACUUCGUCGGACAAAUGUAAAGGAAUUAGCGACACUUCCCAGACCAUGGGAAUUGGACAUCGCGCUGACAUCACCGUGCGUGCUGCCUCACCAUCGCGGGCCUUUCCUCACAGUGCGGCGCUCUCUAGACACGUUUAUUACACGUCCCCGCUCUUCACGGGUUACUCGAACUAUGGCGCUUUUGGACACCUCCACAGUAACCCCGGACAAACCUCCCAUACAGCGACGCAGUUAAACGGAAUACAUCAAACAAUGUUACAGAGAGCAGAGGCUAUGGCGAGAGACAGUAAAGUCAGGAGUCAAACUCAGCUUGAUAUUUGUAAAGAUUUAACAUACGAACUAAAGAAAGGUAUGACACAUAUUUAACAUGCAAUACAUCUGGUAAGAUAAUUAGACAUCUAUUUAUUACAACACACUAGAAAACGUAAGUGGCGGGGAAAUGAUAUUGGGCCUGUUUAGCUUUGAAUGUCAAACGAAACAUUCAUAAGGAAUAGCUUUUUAUACACAGGUUAAAAAAAACGUUAUUUAGGAAUUUAAAAAUGCUAUUGAAUCAUUAGGCUUUGUAUUUUCAGAGGAUGUUGUGUUAUUCGGUUAGUCUGCUGCAUUCCUACAUUGCAUUGCAUUGCAUUGCUACAAAGCGCUGUGAAGAAUUAUUAAUUAAAGAUAGUUUUAUAAUGGACAACUGACCACUGCUACUCCAAACAGUUUUUUUCCAUAAUCGUUCAGAAUGUAUAUGCCAAGUAAAGAACCACAUCUUAUUUCGAGCCAGCAAGUGCUCUGGGUAUUCGUUUAAACUCGGUAAAAUCGCAAAUAUCAUCCAUGUAAUUUAACGUCUUUAAAUGUAGUUAUUUUAGAGUAGGC